AUGGGAAAAAGCAGUAAUGUCAAUGUAUUUAUUUUCUCAGGACUUUCCAAAAACAGGAAUAUUGAAAUCCUCUGCUUUGUAUUAUUUUUAUUUUGCUACAUUGCUAUUUGGAUAGGAAACUUGCUCAUAAUGAUUUCUAUCACAUGCAGUCAACUAAUUGGCCAACCCAUGUAUUUCUUCCUUAAUUACCUCUCACUCUCUGACCUUUGCUACACGCCCACUGUGACACCCAAAUAUAUUGACUUAUUGGCAAAAAAGAAGACCAUUUCUUAUAGUAACUGCAUGACACAGCUGUUUACCACCCAUUUCUUUGGAGGCAUUGAGAUCUUUGUCCUCACAAGGAUGGCCUAUGACCGCCAUGCAACCAUCUGCAAGCCCCUGCACUACACCAUCAUCAUGAGCAGACAAAGGUGUAAUGCCAUCAUCACAGCCUGUUUCACUGGGGGAUUUAUACACUCUGCCAGUCAGUUUCUUCUCACCAUCUUCUUACCAUUCUGUGAGCCCAAUGAGAUAGAUCACUACUUCUGCGAUGUGUAUCCUUUGCUGAAAUUGGCCUGUUCUAACACACACAUCAUACGUCUCUUAGUCAUCGCUAACUCUGGUCUAAUUGCUUUGGUGAGCUUUGUUGUCUUGAUGUUUUAUUUUUUUAUAUUGUACAACAUCAGGGCAUAUUCUUUGGAAACUCGCAGCAAAGCUCUUUCUACUUGCAGUUCUCAUGUAGCAGUUGUAGUCUUGUUUUUUGCACUAGCAUUAUUCAUUCACAUUAGACUAGCCACAACUUUCCCAAAAGAUAAAGCAUUGGCUCUUUUUUAUACCAUCAUUGCCUCCAUGUGAAACCCUCUGAUCUAUAUGCUGAGAAACAUGGAGAUGAAGAAUGCUUUGAGGAAAGUUUUGUGUCAUCAUAAACUCUUGGAAGAAAAGUAA